CGGCUGUGGCGAUUGUGGAUCGGGGCGGUUCGCGCUCGUUCUGUGUGCGAAGUAUUUAUCACAAAUCCAGAACAGAUCCAAGACGAUGGCUGACGAGAAUGUGAAUGGGAAUGAGAAUGGAAAUGUUCCAGAAGUCGAACUUAUCAUAAAGGCCUCGACCAUCGAUGGCCGGCGGAAGGGAGCGUGUCUGUUCUGCCAGGAGUACUUCAUGGACCUGUACUUGCUGGCCGAGCUGAAGACCAUCUCGCUCAAGGUCACCACCGUCGACAUGCUGAAACCGCCUCCAGAUUUCAGGUCCAACUUCGACGCGACGUCGCCGCCCAUCCUGGUGGACAACGGGCUGGCCGUGCUCGAGAACGAGAAGAUCGAGCGGCACAUCAUGAAGAACGUGCCCGGCGGCCACAACCUGUUCGUCCAGGACAAGGAGGUGGCCACCAAGAUCGAGAACGUUUACAGCAAAUUCAAGCUGAUGCUGAUGAAGGGCGACGACCACUCGAAGCAGGUGCUGCUGUCGGUGCUGCGCAAGAUCGACGAGCACCUGGGCCAGAAGAAGACGCGCUUCCUGACGGGCGAGACGCUCUGCUGCUUCGACUGCGAGCUGAUGCCCAAGCUGCAGCACAUCCGCGUCGCUGGCAAGUUCUUCCAGGAGUUCGAGAUUCCGUCCGAGUUUGAGAACCUGUGGCGGUACAUGCACCAUAUGUACCUGCUGGACGCGUUCACCCAGUCGUGUCCGGCCGACCAGGACAUCAUCAACCACUACAAGCUGCAGCAGGGCACCAAGAUGAAGAAGCACGAGGAGCUGGAGACGCCGUCGUUCACCACGUCCAUCCCGCCAUCCGUGCAGGUCGAGUGAGCGGCCGACAGUCCGUCGUGGCCGCCGCCUCCGCCGCCCGGCCCAGUAGAGGUCCAAUAACGAUUACCGCAUAUACUGUGUACGCGCGCGUUUUGUGGCUGGGUUGGGAGAAAGUGCCUUCAAGGGGGGAGCGGGGAGGGUGUCGUGGGACCUCGGGAUCGCUUGCGCGCCGGUCGGUGCACCGCUCGGCCGGUCCGGUGCUGUCGGUCUGUUACGAGACACCGAUUCGAACGCGUUCAGCCCGAUUUGGCCGAUGCGCGGAACCGGGCCUGAGUACGGACGUCCCCGAGCAGGGGUACGGACGUCCCCGAGCAGGGGUACGGACGUCCCCGAGCAGGGGUACGGACGUCCCCGAGCAGGGGUACGGACGUGCCCAAGCGGGGGUACGGACUUCCCCGAGCCGGGAGUACUGACGUCCCCGAGUCUGAGUAUGGACGCCCUCGAGCUGGGAGUACGGACGUCCCCGGGCCAGGAUACGGACUGCCCCGGGCCAGGGUAUGGACGUCCCCGGGCCAGGGUACGGACGGCCCCGAACCGGGUACGGACGGCCCCGAACCGGGUACGGACGGCCCUGAGCCGGGUACGGACGGCCCCGGGCCAGGAUACGGACGGCCCCGAGCCGGGUACGGACGGCCCUGAGCCGGGUACGGACGGCCCCGGGCCAGGAUACGGACGGCCCCGAGCCGGGUACGGACGGCCCCGAACCGGGUACGGACGGCCCCGAACCGGGUAC